AACAGUAUCGCCGUCUAUCGCCGUCUGUUGUGGGGUGGACAGCAUGUCAAUGAACAAAGACAUAAAUGGCUAACAUUUAUACUCUAAGAGCUCUGUUGUGUGGCCAGUGGUCAUCUGAGGCCAGGCUGACUGGUAAAACUGUUAUUAUCACCGGAGCCAACACUGGUAUUGGGAAGGAGACUGCUGUAGACUUAGCUAAAAGAGGUGGAAGGAUCAUCAUCGCCUGUAGGGACAUGGGGAAGGCUGACUCAGCAAGAGCAGAAAUUGUUGAGCGUUCCGGCAACCCGGAUGUAGUGAUCAGAGGUCUGGACCUGUCUGAUAGCAAGUCCAUCCGUGAGUUCGCUCAGAUCAUAAACAGGGAGGAGCACCAGUUGCACGCCCUCAUCAAUAACGCAGGCGUGAUGAUGUGUCCGUACGCAAAGACCGCAGACGGAUUUGAAAUGCAGUUUGGAGUCAACCAUUUAGGUCACUUCCUGUUGACGUUCCUGCUGCUGGAGCUGCUCCAGCGCUCGGCUCCCUCCAGGAUCAUCAACCUCUCCUCCAUGGCCCACGCCUGGGGGCGGAUCCAGCUGGAGGACGUCCACAGCGAGCGGAGCUACCACCCCAGGCGGGCCUACGGCCAGAGCAAGCUGGCCAACAUCCUCUCCACCAGAGCCCUGGCCAGAAGGCUGCAGGACAGUGGAGUGACAGUGUACGCCGUGCACCCGGGCAUUGUGCGCACGGAGAUCAAGAGGCAUAUGAAUCUGGCGCUGCUCAUCUCCUGGAAGAUCGUACGACCGUUUACCAAAACCAUCCAGCAGGGGGCCCAGACGACCAUCUACUGCACCGUGGAGCCGGACAUCCAAAGUGGUGGAUACUACUGUGACUGCAAAUUGUCCAGCUGUACCAGUGCAGCAAGAGAUGACGUCAUGGCUGAAAAGCUUUGGGAGCUCAGCUGCCAGAUGCUGGGAAUCACCUGGGAGUGACCUGGGAAUCACCUGGAAAUGACCUGGGAAACACCUGGGAAUGACCUGGGAAUCACCUGGGAAUCACCUGGGAAUCACCUGGGAGUGACCUCACCUUACCUGCUGCCCUGUCCAGAGAUGAAGAGGGAGUCAUCUGCGUGGUCAUCAGCUAGGAGAACAGAGACACAAGUGAUAAUUGAUCAACCCUGCAGUUCGCCCUUUUUCUGAUUGAUAAAUCAUAGAUUUACAUGAAUGUACUGCAAAAUUAUUGAAUUGUUGUGAUUGUGCGCUUUACAUAAUGCAGCAUUCACAGAAUCUGAUGUUUUUUUCUGUAGGGAUAUCAAACAAACCAUGCUCUGCUAUUCCACCAAAGUGGAGAGAGGCAGACUAUAAAUGCUGAUGGUGUAGAGGAGAUUAGUACGAGAGUAUAUGUCGAAUAAUAAUAUAAUUCGUACAUCAUGUCCGGUAAUCAUCAUUAAAAAAUAAAAAAGUCGACAUAAAACCGAAAUUCCUGACUUUGAACCUAGGUCUGAAUCCGGACAAACUCCGCUAUCAACUGAUUACCUGACAAUAAUUCACCUUUGAUUGCAUUUGGUUCUUCUAAAACUAGAGUAGAGCAAAGUAUAAUUGAUGGAGCAACGGUGCCAUCUAGUGGAGUUUCUCACCUGACCAUACGACCAAAAUGAUAAUUUAGAUAAAUAAAAAACUAAAGCAGUCACAAUUCCAUUUUACGCUUUAGUCAGACAGGUAGGCUUACAGAACCCUUUGAGAUUAUAAACGUUAUUUCAACAAUCCGGCAUAAAUACACACGUAUGGAAUAAAAGCAUAAAACAGCGAUUUGGGAAAUGCGU